CCUAGCGGGCACAGGCUAACCAAUGGAGGAUCAGAUGACCUCAUCAGACACGACGGGUACCGGAAGCAGUUCUGUUACCAUGGCAACAGACUCCAUGGGAAGUGACCUGGAGCAGAGUGCAGGUUCAACCCAACAGUGUGACGGCUACCUGAGGAACAGGAUCGGAGAGUUAGUGAGGUCAGAGAGGAGCCUGGUGCUACAGCUCUAUCAGCUAGCCUCUGCCUCUCACCGUCCCAGCAUGCAACACUCCCAGAGACUGGACCAGAGACUACACAGGCUCAGGGAGGAGGUCAGGACCAUGACCCAGGACAAGGAGCGAGGGGAGCAGGUUUGGAGGGACAGGCUGCAGCGCUGUCAGCGGCAGCUGAAGGCCAAAGAGGAGGAGAUGAGUCGCCAGUCGCAGUACUUCGAGAACUUUAAAACCCAACUCCAGCACAAGGUCAGCCUGGCCCGGGACAGAGAGCAGAGCCUACAGAACAGGAUCUACACUUUAGAAAAGCAGCUGCUGGACAUGACUGUGAGUGCCGCCACUGGCAUCGCAACGAUCAGUGCAGUCAGAAUUACUGCCGGGACUGUAACACACUGGGAAGGACAAGAGAGGCUGCCUCCCAUGAGAGGAGAGGGUGAAGGAGAGGAGGAGAGAAAGGAGGAGAGGAGGAGGCAAUGGCAGCCAAGUGUGGGGCAUAAGAGAGAAGGAGGGCUAGAAGGUGAGAAAGAGAUACAAGGAGAAAGAGUCAAAGAAACAAACUCAAAUGAAGCCAGGCUGCAAGGCUUCAUCCUGAGCCUGCAGGAGGAUCUCAGGGUGCUGCUGGAGAGAGAGGAGGGUGGGAUGACAGAGCGGAGGGGACUGAUGGAGCAGCUCCAGGAGGCCCAGGAGAACAGCCACUUCCUGGGCUGCAAGGUGGAAGGGAUGAAAGCAGAGGUGCAGCAGCUGAAGCUGUCUGAAAAGUCCUUGAUGGAGGAGGUUGAAGAGCUGAAAGAGGAGAACCACAAACUCCAGCAGAUACUGAGGGAUCCAGCUAACCAAACAGCCAGUCAGCCAUUCACGGUGCCUGAGUCCACAUGCCCGAGUCCUAGGUCCAACACUCUCUCAUAUACCACUGCCAUGGGACACUUCUCAGUGGGGAGCUCUGGAGAGGUACAUCUAACGUCGGGUGAGGGAACAAGCCAGCCUCAUUCAUCUGCAGUUCCACCAGUUCACCACCAGGAGGAAGCAGAGAGACUGCAAAACAACACAGAGUAUCGGUCCUCAUCCACCAAAUCUGAAUCAACUCCACCUAAAAUCUUUUCCCACCUUGGCUCCAAAACCAACCCCAGCCUCCAGUCACUCUCCUUGACUACAGAGACACUAGAGGAGUUCAAACUGGGGACCUGGUGCUCCAGAGGGAUCCUAAACCUGGAGAAAAGCCCCAGUGAGGAAUCUGAUGCCCUGAGGGAAGCCUACAGGAGCUUGGGUUUGGGGGAGGAUCUCGAAGCACAUCAAGAACAACGUGACAGCUUGAAGGUCGCCCUGGAGCAGGCACAGGAGCAGCUACAGAUGAUGGCUCAAGAGAAUACUCAACUGAAAUUACAACUCGGGAAAGAGGGACAAGAAUCGGAGGCGGAGCAGGGGACUUCAAGAGAAAAGAUUAGCACACUACCUGCCAGUAAUGGAGCUGAAGAUGCCGCCAUUCUCAUCAUCGCCCAGGAUGAUCUUGUCCAGGCCCUGGAUCAGGAGAACCGGGCCUUGGCGGACCGGAUCCAGGAGCUUCUGGCUCACAUUGAGCUCAGAGAAGAAGAGAUCAAGAGGGAGCAAACACAGCUGACGGAGCAUGUCUCCAAGCUAGAGGGCAACAGAGUCCGGAUGGAGCAGGAGAACCAGGAACACGAGUGUUUGAUUACAGAACUCACCAAGAAGACUGAGGAUGAUCUCAAUACCAUCAUGGAUCUGCAGCAAAGGUUAGUGGAGAGUGAGCAGCGUACGGAGGAAUCGCAGGUUGCCAAGAAACUGUGUGGAUCUCAAUUGCAAAGUGAAUAUACAGCUGCAAUAUCUGGAGGUUUUCAACAGAACAACGUAGAAGAAUGUGUGGACAGUUUGGUGGAAAGUGUGCUAAACGGGGAAGAGCCACAGUUGAUGUCCAGUCAUCAACCAGAUUUGACUGCAGCUUCAGCACCUGGUUCUCAGCAUGACAAUCACUAUGAUCCUCUGCAGAACAGCCUGCAAAGCAGUCUGCAUGUUAGUUCACUGACUGAUCAAGUAGGCCAGCUCACCAAGUCGGUCCAGAGCCUCAAUACAGAAAAAGAGGAACUGUCAGGCUGCAUAAAUGCUCUCAGAGAGCAGCAGAGAGAAGUGGCUCUGUCAGUCCAAACACAAACGGAAGACAAACAGCAGUUAACUCGGACAGUUUGGGGACUGAAGGAGGAGAAGGACGGCAUCUCGAUAUCUCUGGCUGGUCUCAAACAAGAGAGAGAGCAGCUUACCAGGACAGUCUGUGGGCUGAGGGAUGAGAGAGACCAGUUCAUCAGGUCUAUGAGUGGCCUGAAAGAGGAGAAAGAGUCUUUAUCAGGUUUCAAAAGAGAGAAAGACAAACUGUUAGAAUCUCUCUCAAGUGGCAAAGAACAGAGAGAUCAAAUCAUGCAGUCGCUACAGAGUUCACAGACAGAGAGUGCCCAGUUAAGCCAGGCGGUGCUCUGUUUGAAACAAGAAAGAGAUGAGCUCACCAAUUCCCUUAAGUGUCUGAAGGAGCAGAGAGACAAAGAACGAUCAUCUUACACUUCCCAAGAAGACCACGACAAGUUAAUAAAAUCAGGUUUGAAAGAAGAUAAAGAAAGAAUUGAUCGUUCAAUCAGUUGUUUGAAACAGGAAGAAGAACAGAUAAAGCUAUUACUUCAGGGCCUAAGAGAGGAAAGAAACAUCCUCCAAGCUGCUCUGCCCAGCCAAACGCAAACAGAGGGAAGCAAUCAGAAGCAGCAUCUGCUGAAUCUGAAGUGUGCCGUUACGACAAAGAAGACGGGGAGCCUUGCUGGAACAGGAGCUACACAGAGAUGUCUGGCUCAUGACCACAGGGGAAGCUCUGUACAGCAGGAGCAAAGUGAUCUGAUGAGGGAGAUUGAAGCUUCGGGAGCAGAACUAAAGAGGUCACGGGACGAACUGGACAAGAGCCACGUAGACACCAAGUGGCUUCGCAGUGAAUUGUGUCACUCAGAUGCCGUGAGGGAGGAGGCGGAGAGAAAGGCGGCCGAAGCAGUUGAAAAGUUGGUGAGGUUGACAGAUGAAGCUCAUCAAAUGAAAGAAACCAGAAUGGAAAAUGACAGCCUCAUAACCCAGGUGAAGGAGCUGCAGAGCAAAGAGACAGGCCUGGUCAGGGAGAGGACCGAUGCUCUGUCACUGAAGGCACAAAUAGAAGAGCAAUACAAAGUCCUCACAGCUCAGCUCAAAGCUAAGACGGUGGCCCUAGAGGAGCUAAACUCAGAGUAUAUUGCUCUAAAACGAGGGCAGGGCAGCAAAGAUGAUCUGAGCGUUGUUCUCAUCUCACUCAGGUCACGUUAUAACGACAUCAGAGCUAAGUAUGACGCCCUAAAAAUGAGGAGCCAGAAUGAUCUGGAAACAGCUCCUCUAAAGGCCAAGCUGUCUUUUCUGGUGGUAAAGUGUCAGGAGAGGAGCAGCUUGUUGGUACAGAUGAUGAAGGCAAUGCACAGACGCGGCUGUGCGGACUCCACACUCACCCAUCAGGUGGAGCAGCUGCUCAGUGACACUGCUCUGCAAAACUACACCGCAGCAUUCACACCAUGCAGCGACGUAAAGACCCAAGAUAACACCACCGGGUUUACAUCGGGAUUUAUUUCCAAAUUCCAAGACUACACCAGUGGAUUCCCACCUGAUCAGACGUGCUCUACUAUACCCCCACUUGUAAAGCAGCCACACCAAAAUGGAUUCACAGCGGAAUCCGGGGUAAAAUGUAGUGAAGUAAAAAGUGAAAAACACACACCUUUAGUCACCGCUGAAACAAAUUGUCAAGACUGCCGUAGUGGAGUCACACCUGCACCAACAGAAAUACGAAAGAAAAAUGCCAACUCACCUGUGCCAACCUCAGCAGUGCAAGAGCAUGUCAGCGUCCAAGCAACACCAUCACCUGUUGUUCCUGCACUGAAAGAGAGCUUCAUCUCCAAUAGAGCUCAGCCCUCGCCCUCUGCCAGUGGACCAGAGAAAUUUGGAUCUCAUCACUCAGAUACAAAAGGGAAUUCCUCCCCAGAUCCGACCAGUUCAACAGGAUCCUCACUGAGUCCGACUCCUCCCUCCUCCAGCACACGUUUCAGUCCAAGUAGGAGGCUGAGUAGUCCUGAGAAGAUUAUUAACCUGCAUGAGCAACUACAGAAGACUCUAAUGAGCAGCUAUCGGGAUGCUCCAGUGAGCAGAGGAAGGUUACAGCAGCCCAGGAAAAGUCUCUCAUUCUCAGCUUCUGCAGACCUGCGAGCAUCCUCUCAGACGAAGAAGCAGAGCCUCAGCUCUGACGUACCACAUACCGACUCUCUCCCAGUCACCGCUGCUUCGAGCCAAGCUAAGCACACUCCAACAGUGACAACAACCAAUAAGGACGAUGCAUUUGAUGAGCAGGAGGGAAGAAAAGAAGAAGAGGAGGGAGAAAACCAAGAAAAGCUCAUGAGACUUCUUCAUCGCUGCCACCCCAGAGGCUGCCUGCAGAUUGGAAGGAAGUUUCUUGGAAACUUGGAUUCUCAGCAGGACGAAAGGCGACGCUAUAAGAGGAGCUCUCUCUCUCCUCUGACUCUUUCACUCUGUUGGAUUCAUACACUCCACCAGAAGAAGUAGUAUUGAUUGCCACUUUGACUUGCUGCUUUAGACCUGGAAACCCCUGUCCUGUCCGCCGUGUCCCAGGUCGCUUCCAGCAUGGCGGGUUGUGCCAAGCGCUGCAAACAGGGACUUGUCAAGUUUGCUUUGUCCCUGCACAAACUGGUCACUGGGACUCUCAUCAAAGGUGGUAAGUGCUUGAAUGUGUCUUUAUUGCUUUGUGUUUAAGCGCAAAUUUGUGUUUAUGUGUGUAAGUUCUUGUACAGUUGCAAGCUCCAAAAGUAAACCCAAGUGUGUUGUGAACAGUUUUAUUGCAGCAGGCAAGGCCGUACAUUUGCAUCAAUCUUGUCUCCUCUGCAUCUGCUCUUGUCUGCAGUUGACCCCGUUCUGUUCAGUGUGUUCUCCAGAGAGGGCACCGAAGGAGACAGGGAUGAAGGGAGGAAGCAGCUAACAGAGAGGAGAGAUAAAGUUGAUAUAGGACAGACUGUGUGUGUGUGUGAUGAAUGUGAGGUAUAAAACAUGUCGGUGUGGCAUCGGGGGGAAAAGAAGCUGCACACACACACGAUGCUGAGAGGAAGGGAAGGGUUUUACUGUUGUGAUUCAUUAGUUGUUAUUUGGCGUGUGUGCGUGUGCAUCCAUGGUUCGGGGCCUGUAUGUAGGGGUCCUGUGUUUUUUUGUGUGUCCAUGCAUUAGAGUGUAUUCUUUAAUCAUUCUGGUGCUUUUAUUGUUGAAGCAGUGCAAGGGAAUACACACAAAGCUUCAGAAACUGUAUGCAGCACAGCAGCAGCCUGGAGGCACACACAAAAAUCACACACACUUACAAUAUACUGCUCUUUGAGCCAAUUGACAUUUUGUCCAGAGGGAUGGGAAACAUCAUAGAAGUCAGUCACACACAUACAUUAGACGCAAAAAGACAUCACACACAUGUUUGAGGAUGGUUCAAGCAUUCCGUCACAGUGGGUAGAAUUGCCCACAAGGUAUCACACACACACACGCACAUACACGCGCGCACACACACACACAUAUGUAAUGAAGGAGCUGCUGCUGAGGUUUGGUUGCGUAAGAAAUUACUACUUAGAAGAAAAUUCAUAGUCAAAACAGGAAGCAGCAGUAAGCAUGAACAGAAAGUCUUUCUCUAUCACACACUAAGAAACUAAAUACACGCUUGCCCAACAGCACUUAGAAGCACACACACACACACACACACACACACACACACACACACACUGCACUAAUACCCCCACACAGAUGCAAGAUGGAUAUUUAGUUGUUCUAUACCGCAAUUUUCCAGACCUUCCUGAUGAAGGUCAGAUAACACAAACGCUGCAUCUCUAAUGUGUGUAUGAAAGUUAGGAGAAUGUGCAGGAGCUUCUUAAAGGACUUUGAUUUAUCUGGCUUGACAAUGUCCCCUUCAUUGAUUUAGUACUGCAGUGAGAGACAGAUGUUUAAAACAAACAAUGGUCAAAACAGAAACAGAAGAGGCCAAGACAUGAGUUUCCUUACAUCCUACACCUUCCAUGAUGCAACUUGUUAGCAUCUUUCAUUAGACCCUCUUACACUCCUACAGGCUGUGAGGUCCUUUUCUUGAAGAGUAAAAUGAUCCGUGUGUGUUAAAUUAGCAGAGUGCCCCUUUAACCCUUUCUCUUUCCUCUCAGUUUUUUUUGAAAUACUAAUAGUACUACAAAAAAUACUGCUGUUAUACCUCUUUCAACAUUAGGACAUGGUCACACAUGCAAAUACAGGUGAAUGGGGCGAUAUUUGAGUUAAUAGUGGGGUCAACCACUCACACUUCCCAUGUGACAGUGUGCUCCUCGACAAGAAGUGUUUCUUGUAUUUACUUCUGAGAGAGAACAGAAGUUGCUCCCUUUAGGUACUGUAAGCAAAAAUACAAAGAAUCAACCUCCAUAAAGGCCAAGGUACAACACUUAAACUCCAAAUAUUAAAUAUGACCCGUACCUUCAAAAUUCAUGUAGGAUUAAUUAGAAUAAGAUAUGUCAAUGACUGUAAAUUUCAAGAUAUAGAUCCAUUCAUCCAUCCAUUCACUCACUAGCACAGCCACCAAUUUUCUUUCUUCAAUUAGAUGCCGACAUUAAAGGUUAAAUAGAGCCAGUACUUUCUGUAGCUGAAGGGCCUGUCAGCCUUUUCUACACUUCACUGUGACCUUUAACAGUCUGCAUUUUAGGAAACUUGUAAGAGCAACGUUAAUAUAUUCACUUCUCCAGUAGCAACAGGAGCUCCAUGAAAACUACUGAGAAAAUACAGACGUUUUGUUUAUUCAGUGGACUGAAAGACAAUGCAAAUACAGGAAUGCUCACAGUAUUUAGAUAUGUGUAGAAUGACUAUCAGAGCAGCAUUGACCUCUGCUGGUAGCACUGAGAAAAUACAGAUUAUUAGACAGAAAAUCACAUACUCUAACCUGAUGGGUUAGCUCACUAAAAGUCAACGACUUGUACUUGAUUCUGAUCUUACUUAUCGUGUUUCCUCUUUGAAAUUCAUACAACAUAUGUGCUGCAUACCACCCACUGUUAAUUGAAGUCCCUAAAACUCAGAGACGUGUAGAUUUUAAAACAGCACAAAUGACUCAUUAUCCAAACGUUUAAAGAGAAAGUCAAAAUGAUUUGAGAGGAGGUGAAGCAAGGGGCCAGGACUAAUGUAUAAAAAGUCUGUAUUUCAGUUAGAGGGGUUAGGAAUGGAACAUCUCGAGGAACUUAAAAUGUGUAGCACACUUUGUUAGUUUGCAAAUGUUUGUACGUAAUGUACUGGACAAUAUAAAAAGGUAAAGACGUGGCUUGGUAGGUAUCAUGUAAAAUGUUGUGUGCACUUUUUAACAUCAAGUAGGUUGUGUAUUGGCAAAAGUGUACAACAAACUGUAAAUCUUAAUGCCAUGUUUUCUACUGUACUGUUGAGUAAUUGUUAUUUUUUGUUUCAUCCCAAAUUUCAAUUUCAACAUUCAUGUUGAAAAGAUCUUAAUAGGGUUGUUCUAUUUUAGACCCUAAAUUUAUAUUUUUGCUUCCUGAUUCAUCGUAGCGGAUCCAUUUAUCCGCUGUGAUUCCAGUCAAUCUCAUUGAGACACUAAAAAUAUAUAUUAAAGCUAAAGAAUCUAGUAAAUAAUCUUAAAACACAACCACGCUAUGGCUGCAUGUCUGAUUUGUUUGCUUCUAUUUCAAAGACAUCUCAGGCUGGAGCUCACAGACCUCUAUAGCUGCAGGCUGAUUGGACCAAAUCCCUUUCAUCGCCUCCUUUUUCUCUUUGUUCGUCUCUGACUUUCUGUCACUUUCUGCUCUGUCCUAAACUUCUCUUCGGAUUCUCGUGGACUCUGAAAAACCCUGUAAACUUCCUGUCAAGCCAUGCCAGGCUGUACACCAGCCUGCAUGAUUUCACUUAUCCUUUCCAUGCAGGUUGCCCUCCGGUGCCUCCCUCUGGCAUACAGGUCCACCCUGUUGGGCUGCAGAACAGUGUGCUCUGUGUUGGGCUGGGUAUGUGAUACGCGGCCGUGGCUCAGACAUAGACCGGUUCGAUCCCCAGCUCCUCAAGUCUGCAUGUUGAAGUGUCCUUGAGCAAGACUCUGAACCCCAUAUGGCUCCCAAAGGCUGUGCCAUCGGUGUGAAUAUGUAUUAGUUUAGAUCCUGAUGGACAGGUGGCACCGUGCAUCUGCCAUCAGCGCAUGAAUGUGUGAGUGAAUGAGUAAAUGUUGACAUGUGUACAGCGCUCUGAUUGACCUGAAGACUAGAAAUGCUCCAUAUAAAUGCAAGCUCAUUUAACAUUUACCACCUGAGGGCAGAGAUCAAUAAACAAAACCGUCUUUGGCUGAAAAUCCAAAGCAAAACACAGAAAAUACAAAUGAAUCCCUUCUUUUCUUCAGCCUCCAGCUACCUGGUAUUCGUCUAAAUCCAGCACAUGACCUGUAUUGCAUUCCAUUGUUUGUAUGUUUUACCACAAAUAACAAAAAAAUCUGCUUCAACUUUUCCACAUCUGUCCCUGGAGGUUCUUUGGUAACCAUAAACAAACCAUCUUCAGGAGGAAACAAACGAGAAACUUCAAAUGUGCAGACUCCUCUCAGUCUUCAAAGUACUACAUGCAUUCUUAAUCAUGCUCAUCCUUCCUGCCCGUUUACCAGCUUGACAAGAUGAGCUCAUUUCUGAAAGGGAAAAAAUGCUUCUGUUCAUUGACAACAACUUACAAAAGAUGACUCCACUGUCCUACAUUUUAACUUCACUGAUUAUUAUUUGAAAGGUCUUGAAUGCCAUGGAUGAUAUUUUAUGUUUUUUUAAACUUUGCAUUUUUUUUUACCAAAUCUCAGUCUUUUCUUCUUCACCGUGAGUUUCUCAGACUGCACAGCAGAGGGCGUCACAUUCCUCCCCCUUAUCUUUUUUCCAAUACUGAAGUCAUUGUCGGAGCAGAUCAGAACCAAAGUGAAGUUGCAUCUUAACCAAACAAAGCAUUAAAUAUUCAGCGUCUCAAAGUGCCGGCUCAUGAAGCAGCUCGUCCUCUAAUGAAUGAUGACGGACACUGAAGGUGAAAUUUCAAGCUGUGGGUUCACCAGCAUCGGCCACGAGGACUUAGAUCCGAAGUGUUCCUCAUAAGUGCUGAAUGAAGCAUUCUGCAGCUCCUCUUUUUUCUUCAUUAAAUAUUCCCUUUAGGUCCUCCCUCUUUGAGUCGGGGGGACUUGGCUUCACUUUUGUAUUCAGAGAAGAGAAUAGAAGAGAGUGACAGUAGGAUGGAUGAGUAAAUGAGAACAGAGAGCUGGGAAGAAGUGUGUAUAUGUGUGUAUGUGCAUGAUUGCACUCUCUGCACAUAUGUAGGUAAGCAUGUGUGUAUCUUUGUGCACACAAGCUUUGAUGUUGGUGUGUGUGCUUUUCCCUGUGUGUGUGUGUGUGUGUGUGCACUGCUGCUUAGCUCCAAAAAAGCUGUCAUAUCACUUUUAAUGCACCAUAAGGGACACAGAGUGCAUGUUUAAUACGAAAUAUAAUGCGUAAUAGUUCAUAUGGCAGAGGCUCUCAGGGGAGGGGACACCAUUCUGCCCCCCAGCUCUGUAAUCAAUCCCCAAGCUGCAUAAAAUGAACACUUCCAUCACUCUUUAUCUGCUGAGGAGGGAGGAAAAGUGAGACGUAGAGAGGCAGAGUCAAUGGAGGUGUUUGUAUUCAGUUCACAGAGACAGAUUGGGCACUUUUUCUUUUUUUUAAAGAAAUAAGACUUAGCUGCAGUUAGCAAAAAUGUAAAUUGCAUUUUCAUGCUGGUGUGUGUCAUGUGCUAACUGUCUGAGUCUAGGAAUAGUAGUGACAGGGCUCGAGUACAGUAGCACCCACAGAGAAGCUGAAGAUGUCUGUUAAAGACUUAUGGCAGUAAAACAGUAAAUAGUUCACACAAGCUGAAGGGUUAACAGCUUGGUGUUAGUGUGCCUCUUACUGGUUUCUGUCCGUUGCAAGUUCAUCUCGAGCUGACUGGGUUUUAAAGAGCUCUGAGAAAUGUGUCGUCUGUGUGUCAACCAGAGAGAGUAGGUUAGAUGUUGGCCGCAAAGUGGAGUUUUUCAUCCUGACAGGUGACAUAAAGUAUGUGGGCGGCAUACAGCAGUGAAUCUUCCAGAGAGAUUCAAUGUGGGACAGGAAAACAGAAGCCGUGGGCGUGGCCUUGAGGAGAGAAAUAGACUGUUGUCUUGGAGAGGAAGCUCAACACAGUGCAGACUCACCCAUACAUGUCCCUGUUCUUUCAAACAUAACACAUGAUACCACGAUCGAUCCGGUGGGACUGGACACCAAUACAAAAGCUGUGGCUCAGUGGUGGAGCGGGGUUGUCCUUCAAUCAGAGGAUCGGCUCCGCCAGUCUGUGUAGAUGUGUCCUCGGUCAAGACACUUAACCCCAAAAAUUGCUCCCCAGUGGGGUGAAUGGAUAUGAAUGAUUAGUUAGAGUCCUGAUAGGCAGGUGGCACUUUGCAUGGUAGCCCCU